ACAUACUCAUGAUGUAACGCCGUCGGCUUCAUACGCACAUACACGUACACAGAGCUCACAGUUGAAUCUUCACUCUCACUUCUCAAAAGCCGUCACCAACACCACUCACUCCCACUCGCAAACAGAGAGAAAUGACAAGUAUUGCUGCCUAAUAAUCGUUGGAGAUCCGACCUGACCAAUCGUCUCAAAGUCUGAGAUCUUUCCCUCAGAGAACACAACUGCUCGCUACCUAGGGUUUGGUUUUUGUAAUGGCUUCUGAGGAUGUAAAGACCAGCGAAUCGGCGGUGUCGACGAUUGUCAAUCUGGCGGAGGAGGCGAAGCUUGCAAGAGAAGGCGUUAAAACUCCAAGCUAUGCGAUUCUAAGUAUCUGCAAAUCUCUUGUCGCUGGAGGAGUCGCUGGCGGAGUAUCUCGCACUGCUGUUGCACCAUUGGAACGAUUGAAAAUAUUACUACAGGUUCAGAAUCCCCAUAGCAUAAAAUACAAUGGAACAGUUCAAGGGUUGAAAUAUAUAUGGAGAACUGAGGGAUUUCGUGGACUGUUCAAAGGCAAUGGUACUAAUUGUGCUCGUAUUGUUCCAAACUCAGCUGUCAAGUUCUUCAGCUACGAGCAAGCUUCUAAGGGAAUACUGCAAUUGUAUCAACAGCAUACUGGGAAUGAAGAUGCUCAACUCACUCCUCUGUUACGCCUUGGAGCUGGAGCAUGUGCUGGAAUAAUUGCCAUGUCUGCUACUUAUCCCAUGGAUAUGGUACGAGGAAGAUUAACUGUACAGACAGAUAAGUCUCCUUAUCAAUACAGGGGAAUGUUCCAUGCUCUGUCAACUGUGCUACGCGAAGAAGGUCCACGGGCUUUGUACAAGGGCUGGCUUCCUUCUGUAAUUGGAGUUAUUCCAUAUGUGGGUCUCAACUUUGCUGUGUAUGAAUCUCUGAAGGAUUGGUUAAUUAAAGCUAGGCCUUUUGGACUAGUUGAAGAUUCUGAGUUGAGUGUAACGACAAGACUUGCGUGUGGGGCUGUCGCUGGAACUGUUGGCCAAACAGUCGCUUACCCUCUUGAUGUCAUUCGUCGAAGAAUGCAGAUGGUAGGAUGGAAGGAAGCUUCCUCAGUUGUCACUGGUGAUGGGAAGAGCAAGGCCACUAUAGAAUAUAAUGGCAUGAUUGAUGCAUUCCGGAAAACUGUUCGGCACGAGGGGUUUGGUGCAUUAUACAAGGGUUUGGUUCCAAAUUCUGUGAAGGUUGUUCCAUCGAUAGCCAUUGCAUUUGUGACGUAUGAGGUGGUGAAGGAUGUUUUAGGAGUCGAGAUAAGAAUAUCAGACUGAAGCAUGUGCUAUUCUGUGAUAUUUGUUCAACAAGUGUGCUAUUUUUGUAGGCAAGGGGAUAUAGAGAAGGUAAAGUAGAGGGAUAAUUUCUUGCUGUUGUCACUAAGAAUGAGUUUAGAUAAACGUUGGAGCCCGUGUUUAUAAAUUGCCUUUAUUUCCUAUCUAUAUUUUCCUAUGAACAUUAUGUACCUCUCAGCUUCCCAUUUAUAUGCUGUGUCAAUAAAGUCAUGGUGAAGGAACAUGCGAGAAAUGCAUUUGCCUACCUCUCAAUAACAAUUCAGAGGUCAAUGUUCUGUGACCCUUUAUUGAUUCUUUUAAGUGAUCUCUCUCUUCAUUUAAAUAA